AUGGACCUUCACCCCCCGCUGGGCCGGCGCCGGGUCGCCGCCGCGCUGCUGGCUGUGGGGCAGCCUGCCGAAGUCCCGGAGCAGCAACGCCGACUACACCUCCGGGGUCUUGCGCCCGUGAGGACACCCGGAGCGACUGGAGACGCCUCCUCCUCCUCCUCCUCCUCCUCCUCCUCCUCCUCCUCCUCCUCCUCCUCCUCCUCUCCUCCUCCUCCUCCUCGCCGCCCUUCCUCCCCCCCCUCUCGCGCGCCGCCACACGAAGAGACCUGGCAGGGCGACUCGGCCGCCGCCGCCGUCGUCCCCGCGCGCCCCUCGCGCGGGACGCUGCGCGCCGAGAAGGCACGUUGGCGCGGGCCCUUGAGUUAA